CUGUCUUUUUACUUUUAAAUACCCUCUCCCUUCUUCUGCUUUCUCCAUCUCUGGUCUCAUUUACCAGUCGCUCAAGGAGAUACAGAGAGUGAUUGUUUGAGCUGAAAGAUCGUAGAGAGAUGGAUAAAGUUUCCAUCUUUUGCGUCAUUUACUGUUCCAUCCUUCUCAUUGGCUCAUCAUCAACCUACGCUAAGACCGCAAGCCCUCCGGCCCCGAUCCUUCCCCCGACACCAGCCCCUGCACCUGCACCGGGUCCCCACCACGUCAACCUGACCGAGCUGCUCAGCGUUGCCGGCCCGUUCCACACGUUCCUCGACUACCUCCUCUCGACCAAAGUCAUCGACACGUUCCAGAACCAAGCCAACAACACCGAGGAAGGGGUCACCAUCUUCGUGCCGAAAGACGAGGCCUUCAAGAACCUGAAGAGCCCUUCUCUGUCGAACCUCACCCAAGAUCAGAUCAAGCAGCUCCUCCUCUUCCACGCCCUCCCUCAUUACUACUCGCUUUCCGACUUCAAGAACCUCAGCCAGACCGGGACAGUGCCCACGUUCGCAGGUGGUCAGUACUCGUUGAACUUCUCCGAUGUCUCUGGAACCGUCCAGCUCGAUUCCGGCUGGACCAAGACCAAGGUCAGCAGCAGCGUUUACUCGACCGAUCCAGUGGCUGUCUACCAAGUGAACCGAGUGCUACUCCCCGAAGCGAUCUUUGGUACGGAUAUUCCCCCAAUGGCUGCACCAGCUCCGGCCCCCGCUGUCGGUAGCCCGGCCGAUGCUCCCUCAGCCGAUUCCGCAGAUAAAGCUAACGCCUCUUCCCCAAAGUCCUCUCACAAGAACUCUGCGCAUAAAGCUGCUGGCUUUGGAGCUUUCACUGCUUUCAUGGCCAUGGCGGUUUCUUCUGGUAUUCUGGUGUUCUUGUGAGAGAGAGAGAGAAGGGUACGACGAUCAUUUUGGCGUUCGGAGUUUGAGUCUGCUCCAAGUAAAGAAUGCCGAAGACGAAGAGAUCUGUAUCUUUGAAUUGCUUUUGAUUCGAAGCCAUUUUAUUCAUUUAUACAUUUUAAAUCGCCAUUGUGUAUGAGAGAGUGGUCCUAAAGCUUGUUGCUCCAAUUUUCCAUUUGCUUU